CGAAAUUCUACGAGUUUCUUAGCCACCGUCAUACGAGCGUGUAUAUUGUGAAAAUCUUUUGUUAUCAAGGGUUUGAUGUUUUUGGUAUAUAAACACUGGACGUCAUCGAUUUUGAGAAAGGAUAUUGUCGAAUCUUUUGAAUAUAACAUCUUAAAGCAUAAUAGCUUGUAAUAAAUAGAGCAUUUUACACUAUCUAAUACCGCCGUCCAUACGUCAUCUUACUAAAAACACCUUCGAUACACAAACCUCAGCUGAAAAAGACAACCAUAAUGGCGCCUAAAGUACUCGUCGUCCUAACCUCAUACGGCCGCAUCGAGAGCAUCGGACAGCCCACCGGCUGGUACCUGCCCGAGUUUGCGCACCCCUACGAAGUUCUCUCGAAGAAGGGCGUAGAGAUCGUAACCGCGUCGCCGAAGGGCGGCGUCGCGCCGCUGGACCCAGGGUCGGUCGAGGCGUUCAAGGGGGAUGCCAGCGCGGCCAACUUCCACGCGACCAAGGCGGCGCUGUGGGAACAGACGGCGCCGAUCUCGAGCUUCCUGGGCAAGAGUUCCGACUUCGCCGCGCUGUUCUACCCGGGCGGGCACGGGCCCAUGUUCGACCUGGCCACGGACGCCGACAGCAUCGCGCUGAUCAACGAGUUCGUGGCCGCCGGCAAGCCCGUCGCCGCCGUGUGCCACGGGCCCGUCGUGUUUGUGAACGUCGAGCUGCCCGGCGGCAAGAAGCUGCUCGCUGGCAAGGAGGCGACGGGGUUUAGUAAUGCGGAGGAAGAUGCUGUGGGCAUGAGCAAGCAUAUGCCGUUCGCGCUCGAGGAUAAGAUUAAGGAGGCUGGUGCGAUUUAUAAGAAGGCGCCGGAGCCGUGGGCUCCGCUUACGCUGGUCCAGGAUGGUGGGAAGUUCAUUACGGGACAGAAUCCGGCGAGUUCGGUGGGGGUUGGGGAGGCGCUUGCUAAGGCUAUUGGUGUUUAAGGGGUGAUGUUUGUGUAGGUAUCCGUGAUGAGGAAUGGAAGGACGAGGGAAAGAUUGGAGAGGAAAAGGGGCGAGGUUGUUUUACGCACGUAAAAAUGAUACCAAUCGUUACACGUUCAACAGUCAUCGGAGGAUAAUCUGCAUGAAUAUGAGGAAUAAUGAAUG